AUGGCGGAACGGGAGGAAACAACAUAUCAACCUCAAGAUGCUCUGGCAGCUUCAACACGUGCAGCUUUGCUCACUGGUGCAGCUGGUCUGUUUCUAGCUGCGGUGCAAAAUACUGUAGCGAAGGAGAACAUUGGGGCCUUUGGUGUUUUUUCACGGUUUGGCCGUACCAUUGGUUUCUUCACGGCCACGGGUGGAACGUUCCAAUUUACGAGAUCGGUUUCUGCAAAUCUACGAGAGACGAGAGAUUUCAUAAACGAUGGAAUCGGCGGCGCCUGCGCUGGCGCCAUCGUGGGACUUGCCAAGCGAUCAAUGACAUCGACACUGGGAGGCGCAUUUGCUCUCGGUGUAGCUGCUGCCGCAGUUAGCUAUACAGGCGGCUCCAUGUUCGAAUCCGCCGAUAGCGUACCUCAACCUGACCGGACUGCAUAUAAAGAGGAGGCCAAGGCUCGAUAUCGAAGACCUAUCAAUGAGGUCAUCAAUGAACUCGGAGAAGGACGAGGGAUAUACGGACCAGGAUAUGAAGAGAGACGGAAGCAAAGAAUCAAAGAAAAGUAUGGUAUCGAAAUCCAGGAGCCAUAUUACAAGGGAACUUCAGCGUCGUGA